AUGUUGGGUUAUCUUAUCAAUUUUGUGCAUCUUGAUCCCGGAUCUAGGACUGCAGAGGAGAGCGCCCCUGCGUCUGCUUACGAGCAGAUUGAAAACCUUCGCCGAGUCAUGGACGAUCCCGCUUGCCCGCCACUGGUUCUGUCCAGGGACACCGUGCUUUCGCUUGGUCUCAAAGACACGCUCCAUAGAGCUCAGGUGGCAGAAAUCAAUAUGCGCUCGACAAAGCCUUGGCCCGAGAUGCAUUCUGGCGCCAUUCAUGUUACCGACCGAGCUGGUGCUUCUGCGCCCCUGAUGCACUACAUAUUCUGGCACCAAGAGACAUCUCUGACCCAGCCUGCUUCGCCCAGGCUUUUGGCGUCGCAAAGCCCCAGCCUCAUGGACGAGAUUGCCAUUCCAGCUGCCAUGCAGUCCCUGAACAUGAACGCUGGCACGCAGCAGGCCACAGACACGGACGGCCAUGGAGUGACGCAGCAGACGAAGCCUAUCGACAUCCGCCAGAACGUGGCAGCUACCACUUCUGGCCCUCCCCUGGCAGAGCUUUCGGACACGGAAGUGCUGUCGCAUCUGGCUAGGUCGACCCGCCGGAUCAAUACUCUGCGUGAUCCCACGCUUGUCGGUAGGGUCUACAAUGAUAACUGGCUGGGCAGAAUUGUGAACAGCCAGGAAGAGUUAGACGCAAUGGAGAGCUUGGCCAGUAUGUCGUCAAGCAAUAGCCGUCCCACCGGUAGCCGCGGCGGCCUUCCUGGCUACUCUCGUCAUGGCUUCAGCGAUGAUGGCGACGCAGAGUAUUCGAUCAACUCGGGCGACAGUUCCGACUCGGACGACGGUGAUGUUAAGCGAGAGUCGCUGACACCCGAAACGGCCAGGCGGAGCUGGCGCAUCCAGACGGUGACGGCCGAUGUGCCAAUCCCAUCGGUGGACGAAGUGUAUGCCAGUCCGGCGUAUGUUCCUGUGCCGGUUGAGAGGGUGUUCCCCGGCCCCACUGCAAACUUGCGCCACCAGCAGAUGCUUCGCAUCCAGCGCCUCCCGCAGCCUCAGAGCCCGCCGAUGCGCCAGGCCAGAGAUCAGCUGACCCACUCGCCCCUGCGGACUUCUUUCUCUGCAAAUGGCUACGACGAGGACGCGUCUGGCUCUUCGACCGGCUGGGAGGGCGAGUGGACACCUUCGAGUUCUCCGGGCUCUCUUACAGGCCCUACUGGGGGUCGUAUCACGGGACCUGCGAUUGCGCGUGGCCGCUCUCCCACGAGGGACCACAGUGAGCGCCAAUCUGCCAGACACACCCGUCGUCGUGGCAAUGCCCCCUAUCCCGUGGACGGGCAAUCCGCUCGUCAGAGCAAGAGCCACAGCAAGAGCCACAGCAAGAAGAGCAGCGGGAAGCAUCAGAAGUGUUGA